AUGAUCGAUCUACAAGAUGGAAUCCGGCUCCUGGAAAGGGAACUGGCAGUACCGACCGUGAGCCUGAGUACCGUGGCCGAGAACUCACCUGCUAAAGCUCACCGAAAAUCAAAUUUCGCGAGCGGCACUUCUAUUGUCCCCGAGUCACCCGAAGGUAAUAUCUCCGGCACGACAUUCUUACCUCAAGAGGACUCCGACCCCGAAGAUGCUGACCUCGAGCCCAUUAUUAUGAUUGAUGAGCUCCCGGGAUUGCAAGAAGCCUCGGAUCGCCUCUUAAGUCUCCUCAAAACCAACGCCCCUGAUGCCAGACCGGUUGUUGACGCUGCUAAAAAGCUCGCCAAUCCACGAAACACUGAAAACAAGCGCCUGAAACCAGCAAUCCGCAAAUUACUCUCCCAGAUGAAACCUUUUGGCUCUGAGCGUUUUAUCGAUGUCACCGAGGCCCAGGAGCUCAUUCCAAUCGUGCAGCCGAAAGGUGCGGCUCGGCCAUGGAGUCCAUCGCCUGCCCUGCACAGGGCCAAUUGUGCCCGUCUUGCCCUAGACAUACUCCUGGAAAGUACAGACUCAAAGUCUCUUAGCGAGACGAUUGAAACUCUCGAGAGCCAGUUCCCCGCGCCCUUCUUGAGCCGAAUAGUCAACGGCAAGGAGUCUAUUCCGAUCGGAGGUAGCACUGCCGCAGGACCAACCUUUGAAAUGGCCCUGGAGAUUCGAACACAAUUUGCACUCGUGCAACUAGAAAAGCAGGAAAAGAGAAAAGGGUUUGAUGCCCGUUCUGUCUUGGAGAACGUGUUUUACGGCGAUGGGUAUACCUCGGACACUGGCUCUCUGCGUGGUUUCAAUCUCCCGGGGACUUUCGCAGACGAGAAUGGUCGUCUUCCAGACCGAUUCCAGGACAGAGUCAGUGAUCGUUUCAGCGAGCUGGAUUAUUCUCUGCACGAUGAUGAUGGAAAUCCUAACAUCAAAGGCCUCAAAGCCGGUUUCUGGAGCCGAUUCCUCGUGUGCACCGCUCGCUUUGUUCAAAGUCGUGACAAAGAACUUCGACGGGACUUGGAGUUCCAGCCAAAACUUGAAGAUGUCAAGGACUACGUCGAGAAGAUGAUUGAAGGCGGGGAGAGUGCUGAGGAGGACGAGCUUGAGAAGGAACAGACGCCCAGCCGAAGCACGGCGGAUCGCUACUCCCCCUAA